AUGUUGAAAUUAGCAAUCAUAGGUUUAACUUGUACAACAUUACUUAUUUUAAUUUUAUUUCGAAUGUCAAAUAAUCCGACCCUCUGCGAACCAUCAGAGGGUUCAGGGAUCCUCCCGAAUGGGAACUCAACAGUGAAUGAUGAUACAAUAAUGUCUGAGCAUCUCCAAGUUGACGCGAUCCUCCACUAUGCCACAUCACGUGUUAUACCUCAACAAACAAUGGACGAGAUCAAGAUAUCUUUCAACAUCCUCAAAUCACUAACCCCUUGUAAUUUGCUAGUAUUCGGGCUAGGUCAUGACUCAUUUAUGUGGUCAUCCAUAAAUCCACGUGGCACAACACUUUUCCUAGAGGAAGAUCCAAAAUGGAGCAGGGCUAUACUUAAAGACCUGUCAUUUAUCCGUUCCAACACGGUUAGAUAUCGGACAACUUUGUAUGAGGCAGAGAAAUUAAUCGAACACUAUAAUAAGGAACCGGAUUGUUGGGCUAGAAAAUCAAUUUUACGAGGUAAUAGUAAAUGUAAGUUAGCAUUGAACAUGUUAUCGAAUGAAGUGUACGAUAAAGAAUGGGACAUAAUUAUGAUAGAUGGUCCUAAAGGCUAUUUUGAUCAAGCACCAGGAAGAAUGUCAGCUAUUUAUUCUGCUGCUGUUAUGGCAAGAAAUAGAAAGGGACCUGGGGUAACACAUGUAGUAAUGCAUGAUGUGGAUCGUGAUGUAGAAAAAGUUUAUGCAGAACUUUUUUUGUGUAGGAAAAAUUUGGUCGAUGGGGUAGGAAAGCUUUGGCAUUUUGAGAUUCCUCCAGCUUCGGAUGUGAACACUGAUUUUUGUUAG